ACUUCAUAAGGCUGCCAAUCAGUCAAUUAUGUGCAGAUGAAGAUACCUGCAAGCUGGGACAGGGAUGUGGUGAUCUCCUUCCUCGAUCAACUCGAUCUGCGGGCAUAUACCACAAUGGCAAAGGUGCGAGAGCUUCGAGACUACUUGCUCAAGGCCUUCAAAGAGCUGGUGAACAGCGAAUGGGAUGCCCUGCAGCUUCAGGAUCGCAAGGAGCGCGAGAAGGAGGCGCGACAGAUUCGCGGCUCGUCAGACCAGUCAAAGCGCAUUCUAGAUGAAAUCAAUAAAAUUCUCAACCAGACCGAAUCUGGUCCAAGGCAGGUGGAGAACAUGUUUAGGCAGCUCCGCGAAAUGAGAGCAAAUGAUCCACAUUCGAAUGAUGAUUUCGAUCAAUUUGUGGUACCCAGAUCUCGUCCGAGCAGAGAACGACAAAGCAGCGCCAGAGGUCGUGGCUCUGUGGCCACAUACACCGGGGCAACCGAACAAGUUCGACAGAUCAAAGAUCUCUACAGAGCCAGCCUUGUCCUGUUUGGGGCAAAUGAAGGAGAUUUAAACCGAAAUGAAUCCUCGUCAGAGGAUGAGUCUGCAGCAGCAGGAACAGCAGCAGGAGCAGGAGCAGAACCACCUCUUGCCACUUUUAGCGCGGCAAGAUUUCCCCGCUGGCUCAGUGAGAACUUUAUGCAGCUGCACACGACACGAGCGGUAAACAUGGGCGUAGCCAGUGAGCUGCACAGUCGACGAGCCUGGCCAGAUGGUUGCCAUGCACUACCAUCGGCUUGGCUGGACGAUCGACAGCCCAGACAGCUAAGUUUUUCAUUUUUGGCAGAGACUAGUCAGCAGUGGGAGCAGCAAGAGCAGAUGGAGAUGGAUCAGCAAGAGCAGCCAGCAGGUGAACAUGGCAUGGGAUACACGAGCACACCGGCCAGCAGCCUGAUGACCAAUGUGGCGCGUGAGCAGCAGUCGCAGAAUCGGGACAGCACCGAUGUAGCAUUUUUGAGUCGCUACGGAUCAUCGCGCGACCAGGAAGGCGUUGCACGUGUCGCCUCAUCAUCCACCCCACUAACACCUAACAUCAAUUACGGCUUGGCAUUUGUGCCGACAUCGUCGAGUCUGCAGCCCGAAGAGGAUAACACUCCUUUGAUGCCAGGAUCCGGGGGUGCACUCUCGCUGCCAGCAGAUUCUGCAUCGGACUUGCUGUUGAUGGACAGCGGCAAUCAACUGCCGAUGCUCAUGUCGCCCGCCAUAGAGGACUUGGGUUCAGCAGCGGCGGUUCGCUCUCGACCUGGAGUCACACCGUUUCGUCCCUUGUUGCCAGUGAUCGACGAGGAGCAUCGCCUCUCUAUGUUGCCGCGUGUGCUGGAGCGGUCGUUUCAUCCACUAUCAGCAGCAGCAGUAGAAGCCGCAGCAGAAGGCACACCAGAGGCGUCAGCAGAGCGACCCUUAGAAGCAAUAGCAGAAGACACGCCACCAGAAGCGGUAGCGGCGCGAGUUGCGCCUAUUACCCCACCACUGACACCGGGACGUGACUGGAGUAGAAUAUUUCGACCACGCGACCAAAUGCCGAGCUAUGUCGAAACGCGAAAUGUCCCACCACACGGAAGAAGCCGACGUCCACGACGCCAGAGAUUACCGGAAACGCCGCCAAGGGACACACACGACGAACAGCCGCGAUUGAAUCGCGAGAUCACAUCGAAUUUUAUGGCCAAUUUACUGCAAAGAGCUACAGAAAUGGUCAGAGUUCCGCUGCAGAUGGUAAAUUAUGCACCAACUACGACUGACUCCUUCACGGCUCCUCCGCCCGAUGGGGUGCCACAGCAGAUGGAAGUGCAGGAAGAGCCACUGCCAGCAGAGGCGCCACUACCAGCAGAGGCGCCACUACCGCCAGAAUCAUCUCAAGUUGCUCUAGUAUCGGAAGCUCAUGUGGAUCUACCGGCUCUUCUCGAUCCCUCCAUGCCAGAAAUCCAAAACGAAACGUUGCCCAACAAAUCGGAUUACGGAGUACCGAAUAUGGAAUUAAUGGAACCCCUGCCGGUGGCUGUGUCCAUGGAGAUUUCCAACGAGGAGAGACAGCGCGCGGUCUCUUUAUCCGACUUGAGUAUACACGCAAUCGUCACCAAUGUGCAAGUUCUGCCACCAUUGAGCCUGGGCACCGAAAACCUAGUACUACGUCCAGCUAUUGAACAGGCUGGAGGAUCAGCAGAAUAUCCAGCCAUAGAACAGGCAGGAGGACAAGCACAAUGUUCAGCCAUAGAUCAGACAGUAGGAUUAGCACAAUGCUCAGCCAUAGAACAGGCAGUAGGAUCAGCAGAUCAGAGUGCGGAAAAUGCAGUCGGGCCAGGAUUGUCUUUGCAGCGGACGGAAACCAUCGAGGAUCGUCGGAAUAGACAGCACAUGGAAGAUAUGGCUUACAUAGCGCAGCAUACGGACAUGCUCCGUGUGAUGGUCGAUCAUCAGAAGAAUCUCAGCGAUCAGCAGCAUACCCGCGGAAGCGAGCAGAGCCAGUGGUCAUCGCAACAGUAUCGCUCCCUAGCCGCUGUGGAGACCUACGAUCCACGGAUCAUUUUGGAUAUGCCACUGUCAAAGGUGGAGCUUGUCCAUGCACUAUUUGAGGCGCUCAUCACGUUGCCACGGGUUGAUUUGCACAAUGCACCGUUCAUCAAGAGCCGCAUGGAUGCGUCGAGAGCCUUUCGCUAUGUCCUGGACUUGCAGGCGGCCGGCAUUGUGAAACUAAGCGAUGAGGGGAGAUUCUGUUGGCUGCUUUGAAAGGGGUGGAGAGAGCUUGAAAAGUUUGUCUUUUCUUUUUAAUUUUAAUAUUAUAUUACAGAUAUUAUUCUAUAUAUUUCAAAGCUGAAUAACAGUCAACGAAUAUAAAAUGGAAUUCUUUUCAUUUAUAAUUUUAAAAGUUUUCAAUUAGGCUUUAAGGUUUACACCACAUAUUGUACCAGCAAGAAUUU